AUGUCAUCAAAUACCUCAGAAGAUACUAUAUUGUGUGAAAUUACUCAAAGUACAUCCCAACAAUACCUGACAUCAUUAGAUGCCUCACAAAAUAUUACUACUUCAUGUGAAGAUACACCAUGUCCAGUUAUUCGAUCGACUCAAGAAGCUUUGAUUUUUACACCAAACAAACCAAUCAUAACAAAAAUGAUGUAUGAUAAAUAUUCCCCAUACCUUAUUUGCACAUUCAAUUCAACAAUAAAUUAUGUUAAGGAGACCGAAACUCUUGUUAAGAAGCUGGAGGAGAUAUUUGAAACAGACUACACAGAUGUGAUUUUUGAGUAA